AUGACUUUACAGGCGAUUGCCGUCGCAACUGUUGCGGUGGUAUAUUUCAUCAUCCGCUACUUGAAUCGAACGGACGUUCCUAAGAUCAAGGGCAUCCCUGAAAUCCCCGGUGUUCCUCUCUUUGGGAAUUUGUUGCAACUUGGUGAUAGCCACGCCACUGUGACAGGAAAAUGGGCGAAGAAAUUUGGACCUGUCUUUCAAGUGCGCAUGGGAAAUAAGCGCAUCGUCUUCGCCAAUAGCUUUGAUUCGGUGCGCCAACUGUGGAUUAAAGAUCAGUCAGCCCUUGUGUCCCGCCCGACAUUCCACACAUUCCACAGUGUCGUCUCCAGCUCGCAAGGAUUUACGAUUGGUACUUCACCGUGGGACGAGUCUUGCAAGCGCCGACGCAAGGCUGCCGCCACUGCGUUGAACAGACCCGCGGUUCAAUCGUACAUGCCCAUCAUCGACCUCGAGGCAACAAGUAGCAUCAAAGAGCUUUUUAGAGACAGCCAGAACGGAACAAAGGAUAUCAACCCCACGGCAUACUUUCAGCGUUUUGCGCUCAACACCAGUUUGACUCUCAACUAUGGGUUCCGCAUCGAGGGAAAUGUCGACGACCAGCUCCUGCAUGAGAUUGUCGAUGUCGAGCGUGGCGUGUCCAACUUCCGAAGCACGAGCAACAACUGGCAGGAUUAUAUUCCUCUGCUGCGCAUAUUCCCCAAGAUGAACCGCGAGGCCGAUGAAUACCGUGUUCGACGCGACAAGUACUUGACUUAUCUGCUGAGCAUUUUGAAGGAUCGAAUGGCCAAGGGUACGGACAAGCCUUGCAUCACCGGUAAUAUUCUGAAGGAUCCUGAAGCCAAGCUCAACGAGGCUGAGGUGAAGUCGAUUUGUUUGACCAUGGUCUCUGCGGGUCUCGACACGGUUCCAGGCAAUCUCAUCAUGGGCAUCGCAUAUCUGGCAUCAGAGGACGGUCAGCGGAUUCAGCAAAAGGCAUACGACGAAAUCAUGAAGGUCUACCCCGACGGUGAUGCCUGGGAGAAGUGUCUGGUUGAAGAGAAGGUUCCCUAUGUGACAGCCUUGGUCAAGGAAGUCCUGAGAUACUGGACUGUGAUCCCCAUUUGUCUGCCCCGGCAGAGUACCAAGGAUAUUACCUACAACGGAGCCACGAUCCCGGCCGGAACGACCUUCUUCAUGAACGCGUGGGCUGCCGAUUACGACGAGGACCACUUUAAAUUGGCCAACCAAUUUAUCCCUGAACGAUAUCUCGAACUGGGCGAAGGUUCCGGAACCCCCCACUAUGGAUACGGUGCUGGCUCUCGCAUGUGCGCAGGAUCCCACCUGGCCAACCGGGAGCUCUACACAGCUUUCAUCCGACUCAUCACAGCUUUCACCAUGCACCCGGCCCAGGAAGAAGUCGACCGACCAAUUCUGGAUGCCAUCGAAUGCAAUGCCAUCCCCACCGCAUUGACUACGGAGCCCAAGCCCUUCAAAGUGGGCUUCAAGCCUCGUGACGCUGAGAAGCUGCAGCAAUGGAUUGCCGAGAGUGAUGAGCGAACGAAGGAUCUAUAA